GAAAUUGAAAAUUUUGUGAUAUUUUUUUUCGUCUGUAAAAGUUUUUUGUUUUCAAAAAGUGAUAAUUAUUCUCGAUGUUUGUCUCGGUGUAUUACGGUGUGUGUGUCUUGACCAUUGUCCAGUUUCCUUCGUGAAAUCAUCGAAAAUCAUCGUAAUUUGAUAAACAAACCGAUCAAAAUUAAUUAAUUAAAAUGGCAUUCUGUUCAGCAUAUGGUACAUAUGGUUUAGGUGUACCUGGUACACCACAAUUUGCAUCCGAUCGUUCAAAUUAUUUACCUGGUACAAGUAUUGGUCCUGGACAAACUGGUAGUAUGAUACCGAUGUUUUUACAGGCACCACCACCAGAUAGAGCUACUGGCAGUACUACUACCGGUGGUGGUGGUGGCGCUGCUAGCGGCGGUGUUGGUAGUUCAACAUUUGCAUCAUUUCAUCAUCAUCAUCAUCAUUUACAUCCUAAUCAACAACAUAUUCAUCAACAGUCGCAACAACAACAACAACAAUCAUUAUCAUCAUUAAAUUUUAUACAAUUACAACAACAAUCAGCUGGUGCUGCUGCUACUGGUGUUCGUAGUUUAAGCAUGCAGAAUUUAUUAGUAUCAUCGAUACCAAAAUCAACACAAGAUGAUUUAGGUGGUGGCGGUGGUGGUAUUGGUACUAGUUCCGGUUUUGGUGGCAUUGAUGGUAUCGAUUAUACCGGUGGUGGUGGUGGUGGCGGUGAUUAUUAUGAUCAUCCAGGUGGACAACAAUAUUAUGAAGAUAAUGAAUUAUUAGCGAAUGCUGAACGACAACAACAACAACAAAAUCUACAAUUUGGUGGUAUUAUUAGUUUUGGUUCACGUUUUGAACCAUUAUUACAUAGACAUGAUUUAUGUGAACGUAUUACAAUUAAUAUUAGUGGCUUAAUAUUUCAAACACAGCUUCGUACAUUACAACAAUUUCCAAAUACAUUAUUAGGUGAUCCGGCCAAAAGAAUACGAUAUUAUGAUCCACACACAAAUGAAUAUUUUUUCGAUCGUAAUCGUCAAGUAUUCGAUGCAAUAUUAUAUUAUUAUCAAUCAGGUGGACGUUUACGGAGGCCAGUAAAUGUACCAUUGGAUAUAUUUGCUGAAGAGGUGAAAUUUUUUGAAUUAGGUGAAGCUGCAUUCAAUAAAUUUCGUGAAGAUGAAGGUUUUGUAAAGGAAAAAGAAAAACCUCUGCCAAAAAAUGAAUUUAAACGAAAAAUAUGGUUAUUGUUUGAAUAUCCCGAAUCAUCACAAUGGGCACGUGUUGUUGCAAUUAUAUCUGUGGUAAUCAUAAUAUUAUCAAUAUUAAUAUUUUGUUUAGAAACAUUACCUGAAUAUAAACAUUAUAAAAUAUUUAAUACAACAUCAAAUUUAACUCGGGUGAUUGAAGAUGAAGUACCAUCAUAUACAGAACCAUUUUUUAUUAUUGAAACAAUUUGUAUUAUUUGGUUUUCUAUUGAAAUUUUGAUCAGAUUUUUUGCCUGUCCAUCAAAAAUUACAUUUUUAAAGGAUAUAAUGAAUGCAAUAGAUUUUUUUGCAAUUGUACCAUAUUUUGUAACAUUAGCAACAAUGAUUGCAAAACAACCGGAAGAUGAUGAAUUACAAAAAUUACAAAUAUUACAUGGAAAUUUGGAUUCUAAAUCACAAUCAUCAUCAUCAUUAGCAAUAUUAAGAGUUAUACGUUUAGUACGUGUAUUUCGUAUAUUCAAAUUGUCACGUCAUUCAAAAGGUUUACAAAUUUUGGGAAUGACACUGAAAGCAUCGAUGAAAGAAUUGGCAUUAUUAAUAUUUUUUCUAUUAAUCGGUGUCGUCCUGUUCAGUUCAGCUGUUUAUUAUGCUGAAGCUGAUAGUGAACGAUCAAAUUUUAAAUCAAUACCGGAUGCAUUUUGGUGGGCAGUUGUUACAAUGACCACUGUUGGUUAUGGUGAUAUGCGACCGGUUUGUGUUUGGGGAAAAUUUGUUGGUUCAUUAUGUGCUAUUGCCGGUGUAUUAACUAUUGCCUUACCUGUACCGGUUAUUGUAUCAAAUUUUAAUUAUUUUUAUCAUCGUGAAAAUGAUCAAGAAGAUUUACAAUCAACAAAUAUUAAUCAUGUAAAAUCAUGUCCAUAUUUACCUGGUUAUGUUGGUACAAAUCGUUUACGUCGUACAUCAUAUUCUGAUUCAAAUUUAACACAUGAUAAUGAUGGUGGUGGUGAUAAUGUUAGUGGUGGUGGUGGUGGUGAUAAAGACGAUAAUGGUGAUCUUAUUGUGAUAGAUAAUAAUAAUAAUAAUGGUGGUCAUAGUCAUGGUCAUGGUCACGAUGAUGAUGAUAAUGAUGGUGAUGAUGAUGAUGAUGACGAUGAUGAUGACCAAUUGGUACAUAUCAAUCAUAUCCACAUUCACAUUCACCAUCAAUAUCAAUGUUUCCGCCAACGACAAUAUCGACAUCGUCAUCACCAAUACCGAUCCAAACAACAACAACAACAAUCACAAUCACAACAACAACAACAACAAUCAUAUCGUCGAAGAUCAUCAACACGUAGUCCACAAUCACCAAAUUUUUCAUCACCAGAAUCGCCAACAAAAAAUAAGCUCAAUACAAAUUUUUUAAAUUUAACCAUAUCAAAUCAACAAACACCACCAGGUUGUCAAGCACCACCAAGUCCAUCAUUAAGGCAUCAUAGUAUUGGCGGCAGCUGUGGUAGUGAUCGUCAACAAUCAUCAAAUUUACGAUCACCAUCAUCAAUCGAUUCGAUUAUUCCAUCAUCAACGGCAUCGACAACGACAAAAAAAUCGGCCAAAAAAUCACGUGUAUAUCUAAAAGCAAAACAUACUAUAAUUAAUAUUAUUGCAUUUAUGUUUACAAUAUUUUUAUGACAUUCAAUAAUGACAACAACAACAACGAUGAUGACAACAACGAUGAUGACAACAAUGAUGAUGAUGACAUUGA